UGGUGUUUUUGGGCGGCCAUUUUUUUCGUGGUCGACAUUGGUGUUUGGUGUGUUUCGCAAGACAAAAGAAAGCCUGUGACAAGAACAUGGGGCGCAAAAAGAAGAAGCCGGCAAAGCCAUGGUGUUGGUACUGCAACCGGGAGUUUGACGACGAGAAGAUCCUGAUCCAGCACCAGAAGGCAAAGCACUUCAAGUGCCACAUCUGCCACAAGAAGCUGUACACAGGGCCUGGCCUGGCCAUCCACUGCAUGCAGGUUCACAAGGAGACCAUUGACAAGGUGCCCAAUGCGCUGCCCAACAAGAACAGCGUGGACAUUGAGAUCUACGGCAUGGAGGGCAUCCCCGAGGAAGACAUUCGCGAGCACGAGCGGCAGAAGCAGGACCGAAACUCCGGAGACGAGCGCGAGGAGGAACGGCCUGCCAAGGCCCAGCCCCAACAGCAGCAGCAGCAGCAGCAGCAACAACAACAGCCGCAACAGCAUCAACAGCCGCAACAGCAGCAUCAGCAGCAACAGGCAGCGGCAGCCCUGGCGGCGGCGUCGAUGGUCCCGGCAGCGGCGUCGAUGGUCCCAGCGGGGGCCCUUGGAGGCCACCCGAUGAGCAUGGCCGCCCUGAUGCAGGGGGCGGGGCACCACAUGGGGCUGGCACCCCACCCGGGCAUGGCCCACAUGGGCAUGCCCCCCUUCGGACACCCCAUGCACCCCCACCACCCCAUGGCACACCUCGGCCCCCACAUGGGCCACCUGGGAAUGGGUCCCCCCUUCAUGGGUCCAGGGGGAAUGCACCCAGGGGCAAUGCCAAUGAUGGGGGGACUGCUGCCACCUCAACCCCAGGUGGCACCAGCGCCGGCCAAGCCGCUCUUCCCCGCUGCUCAGGCCCGCGUGCCCCCUCAGGCGGUGACGACCUCGGCCCCGCCGGCAGCGGCCCCCAAGCCCACCUUCCCGGCCUACAGCACCUCAUCCCCCGGCACUCCAUCGGAGACAAGUUCUGGGACCAGCAAGGCGGUUGUGUCGGCACCGCCGGACAUCAAGAAGCCCACUCUGAUUGCAUCUGCGGGGGCGUCGAGCAGAAUAGUGCACCCCGAGGAGGACAUCUCGCUGGAGGAGCGGCGUCUCCGGCUCCCUCCCUACCAGGCAUCAGAGGACAGCUCACCCAAGCCCACCGCCGUCAAUGGGGUGCCACCCAUGCGCACCCCAGCACCCCUGCCCCCAGCCGGCCUGGCACCCGGAGCGCCGCCUGGGGUGCCCGUGCGCCAUCCCGGCACGGCCGCAAUGGCGUUCCCGCCGAUGGUGGCGCCCCCCAUGAUGCCCCCGCGGCCCUUCUAGCGCACACCCCACCCCCUUCCGCCGGGGUCGACGAAGGCGUCGUUGUGCUGGACCAGAUAAGUGUGUUGUUUGUGGCCGGCACGGGCGGGGCUCUCUCCGGAAGUACCGUAAGUGGGCCGUCCCAGGGAGAGAAUAAAGCGUGUCUGUACCCCGGC